CAUUUGUAUCGGUGGGCUUUCACGUGUGUUUGGGCGGUUGUGCGUGUCAGGCAGUGGGGCGCUGAAGUACAUUCAGAUCAUGCCAUAAGAAGUAAUGGAGACCAAGACAACAUCUGAUGAGCUGCAAAGCGACAUUGACAAGCUCUCACAGAUUCUUGCCACACCAGAUGAAGGCUCUGAGGAGCUGGAUCACGGCCUACAAGAUGAGUCAUCACAGUUACAUAGGCAUGUUGCCAAUCAGCCCUCUGAGACUCAGGCUCAGACUGAGGUCACAUCGGGCGAAAGACUGCUGGAGCUGCAAGCAGACAUUGACAAGCUUUCGAAUGUACUGGCUUCACCAGAACCAAGCUCUGAAGAGCCAACGUCCAAUGAAGGGGGAGUCUCGGGUGAAGACUGCGUCAGUAAUGAUGAGCCACGUGAAGCGCGAGCAGAUACCGAACAGUCUUUGAAGGCGCAAGUUUCCGUAGAUUCCAAACCAGGACAGCUAUAUGCUGCAGUAGGAGGUAAAAUCUCACAGCUGGACUGCAUCGAAAGAAAUGAAGCACCAAAGCUGCAAGCGAGCGCCAGCAAGGCCACGAAUGCGUUAAUGUCAACAGCUGUGGAGCGUGAACAUUUUGAUAGCGAUGGUCGCCACGCAAUUACUGAAGAAGACUACAAUGAUGAUGAAAAGUCACCGGGGUCGGGAGGAGGUGCUGGACAGCAGAUGCUUGACCCUCUGGCUGUAAUGGGUUCAGAGUCCGAUCACCUGCAUAACGAUAGCCUAAGAGGACCGUCGGAGGAGGCGGACGGCUUCCUGAAUGGAGAACCACCGCAGGUGGACUGGAGCAUUGACCUUGAAAAGCCACGCAAGGCGCCGCAGUGGAGACCUGUUCCAGACUGGCAGAUUGGCGAACCGAACCAAAGUGACGGAGUGGGAUCGCCCGAGGAUGAAGACCAUGCAGGUAAAGAACCACCAUACUCGAGCUGGGACGCCGGGGAUCGGCCGUCGCAGUUGCAAGGCGACAUCGACAAGCUGUCGCAGGUGCUAGCCGCCGGCGACUCGGAAGCGGAUGACCAGGACGACGUGUACGACUCAUUAGAACUGGAUUGGAGCGUCGCCGCGGCGCCGCCGGACGCGGACACGAAGGGCGACGCGGGGCCGUCGGGGCUGCAGGGCGACAUCAACAAGCUGUCGCGGGUGCUGGCCGCGUCGCCGGCUGAGCCGGAUGCGCCCGUGCCCGCUCCGUCCGGCCCGGGGACGGCCUCGCGCCCGUCGGCCCCGUCGCUAGCGUCGACGGAGGGGCGGGCCCCGUCGCUAGCGUCGACGGAGGGGCGGGCCCCGGGCGACGGCGGCGGCGGCAGCCGGCCGUCGCUGGCGUCCGCCGCACCGCGCCUCUCGUCCGGACUUGGUGACGACAUUCUCUCGCAGGAGGACUUCCUCGACGACGACUUUAUCGGGUCGGACAUCCCCGUCAACCUAGAGAACUGUCUGGCAUUGAACACCGCCUAUCAGGAGGUGGUGGACGAGAACCUGGGCGAGCUGCAGCGGUUGCUGAGUGAGAACCGCCGCCGCCAGCGCGAACUGGUGGUCCAGUUGAGGAACGAGCGGACGGCGCCGUCUUCCGCGCGACCCGGCGGCGGUCCCUCACGAUACACCUUCAAGUGGCGUGUGUUCGUCAGCAAGUACUUCUGCGACGCGCAAGGCUUCGGGCCGCAGCCGAACGCCGACACGGUGGCGAAGACGAGGCGGGGUGAGUUCGAGUCGCUGCGCGUCUCGCGUCCCUGGCUGCAGUCGGAGCGCGAACUGCUCUUCAAAGCGGUGCGGGACGACGCGCGCCGCCAGAACGUCGCUGCCGCGCAGCAUAAGGUGGCGAUGAUCCACGAUCGGCUGCGCGAGCGGGCGGAGCAGCCCAACCUUGACCAGCGCCGGGUGGAGGCGCUGCGCGACCUGCUGGUCGACGCCGAGCGCGCCGUCCGCCAGGCCGAGGAUACGCCCGAGCUGGACCUGGUGGUGGCGCGGAAGCAGGACGACUACGACUGGCUGCGCAUCUCGCAGAGCGACUUCGCCGGCCAGCGCUCGCCCACCGAGUGCCGGCUGCAGUGGCGCAACUUCGUGCGUCCCACCAUCAGCCACGCCGAGUGGACCCCGGCUGAGGACAGGCAGGUGCGGGCGGCGGCCGAGGACAGGACGGUCAACCCGUGGGCGAUCGCCGCGCAGGUGAUGGACACCGGCCGCACGCCGUUCCAGGUGUUCCAGCGCUACGCCACGGCGCUCAGCCGCGUCCAGCGCAACUACUGGAACCAAGCCGAUACGAAACGGCUGCUGCGCAUCGUGGAGACGGUGCGCGUCGGCAACUUCAUAUCGUGGACGGCCGUGGCCGCGCAGAUGAAGGAUCGCACCGCCUCGCAAUGCUCCGGGCGCUACCUCGCUGUGGCGCCGCGCGUGCUGCGUACCCGCUUCUCGGAGAUGGAGGACCUGCGCAUCCUGGCCGCCGUGGAGUGGGCCGGCAUCUCCGACUGGCAGCACGUGGCUGCCCUCGUGCCGGGCCGCUCGGCGCGCCAGGUCUACUCCCGCUACGAAACGCGUCUCAAGCCCGGCCUCACACGCGUCAAGUGGACGCGCGAUGAGGAGGAGCGGCUGAUCCGCUUCGUGCGCGAGAACGGGCCGCAGUGGGCUGCCGCGGCGCGCGAGCUGGGCUCGGGCCGCAACGGCAUGCUCUGUCGCACCCGGUUCCGGCAAAUCCAGCGCGCCUUCCUGUCGCGGGGCGCGCUUCCGGCCACCGGCAGCCUGGCCGAGCCGCCCAACAUGCACAUUGUCGGCUACUACGAGGGUCUGCGGAAGAAUCUGGAGCGCCGAAUGGCGCCCUACAUGCCGGCGGACGGCGACCAGGACGCACGCCCGGAGCUGCACGCAGUGGGCCAGCCCGAGUUCAGCUGGCGCCAGAUGCCGCUAAUGCCGCCCACGCAUGCCAGCGCCUCCAUGUUCCGCAGCCUGCUGCUGCAGCGGGCGCGGCUCGAGGGGCUGGCUGUCAAGCCGGGACCCCAGCGGUCACUCGAGGGCAAAUACUUCAACCAGUUCGCGGCGCAGUGGGCGGACGAUGCGAUGUCUGGCGGCGGCGGCGGCGGCGCUGGGGCUGAGAGCGUCACACCCUGGCUGCAGUCGACUGAGCUGACGCGGCACCGCGACCGGCUGGCACACGUGCGGCUGACGCAGCAGGCGCCCGGAGCGGCGCCGUACGUCCACACCGUGGUCCUGCCGGUCGAGGAGACGAGCGACCCGUCGGCGCUGGCCGCCCGGCUCAUGCAGCGCAUCCCGAACCUGGUCCAGAUGUCCAUCAGUAAGGCGCCGCUCGCUGCGCGGCCGAACGCGGCCGACGGGGAACAGGCAGGCCCGCCGCCGACCGACUCGGACGCGGCCGCCUGGAACCUGCUGGUCGCCCGCUUCGUGUCGCUGUUCUUCUGGCCAGCGCUGCUGUCGUUCCAGCCGCCGGCCGAGCUGCGGGACCUGGACGCCGCGCAGUCCGACGGCGACGGCGACGGCCACUGUCACAUUGUGGACCACAUGUUCGGCGACCUGUUGGACGACGACGGGGAGGGGUCCGCGGCGCCGUCCACGGCGGGCGGCCGGAAGAGAGCGGGUGACACUGCGCCCAGAACAGCCAAGCGGCGGCGGGAGGGAUGGGAGCCGGCCCCUGAUCAAUGA